AUGGAAGCCCUCUCCUCAUUCCCUCCAUCCCCCUCUCUCCCCAGCUAUUACCAGAUCUGGCUGGGACGCCACAAUCUGUUUGAGGAUGAAGACACAGCCCAGUUCUUCCUCGUCCCUAAAAGCUUCCCACACCCUGGCUUCAAUCUGAGCCUCCUGGAGAACAACAACCGCCUCCCAGGAGAGGACUACAGCCACGACCUCAUGCUGCUCCAGCUGGCGCAGCCCGCCCAGAUAACAGCCGCCGCCGUGCAGGUCCUGGCCCUGCCCACCCAGGAACCUGUACUGGGGAGCACCUGCUAUGCCUCCGGCUGGGGCAGCAUCGAACCAGAUAAGUUCACAUACCCGGAUGAACUCCGGUGUGUGGACCUCACACUCCUGUCCAACGAUGUGUGUGACAACGCCCACUCCCAGAACGUGACAGAGUACAUGCUGUGUGCUGGGCACUUGGAGGGCGGCAAGGACACAUGCGUGGGUGACUCAGGAGGCCCGCUGAUCUGCGAUGGUGUGUUUCAAGGAGUCACGUCCUGGGGCCACAUCCCGUGUGGCAGGCCCAAUAAGCCCGCCGUCUACACCAAACUGAUACCCCAUGUGCAGUGGAUCCAGGACACCAUAGCAGCCAAUCCCUGAAUGCCCCCACCCUGUUCCCUACCCCCAGUAAAAUCGAAUUCGCAUCAAGUGGAGGUGGAGGAUGCCCCGGAGUCAUCCCCAGACGCUCUCCAAGGUCACCCUCCAAACUCAUCCCCGUGACACCCACGAGCAGCAUUCCCAACAGACACCCCCAAAGUUUAGCCACAGACAUCCUCAAAAUCAGCUCCACUUGCAUUUCCAGUCAGCUCCUAGAAACCCCAAAAUGACUCCUCCUCUCACUCACAAAUCAUCCCCAAGUCCCCGUAAAGUCUACUCAAAGUCAUCCGCACUCACACCCUCAGAGCUGUCUCAAAUCGCACCCACUUACUCCACAGUCAGCCCUGAGAGAGCGUCAUAAUCAACCCCACCCACACCCCCAAGGCCACCCCACAGAAGCAUCUCAACCAUUUCUAGAGUCACCUCCACAUACAGCUCCAAAGUCACCCCACUCAUACUUCCAAAAGAUGUCCCACAGCCACUCACAUUUGUACCCUCAAUAUCACCCCUAGACACUCUCAAUAGCACCCUCAAAGUUACUCAAGACACCUUAGUCAUCUCCAGACACCCUACUUCUGCUAAAGUCUCUGCCACUCCUACCCUAAGGUCCCCUGGUCACCCCAUUCACACCCCCAGAAGUUCCCUGGGUAGUGUAGUGGCACCCCCAUUCACACCCCAGAGCCCCCCACAUUCUCUGAAUUACCCCCGUCGUCCCCCAGAGCGCGCACACACAUGUAUACACAAGGAAAACCUCCAAUCAAAUACGCUAAUGCCAACGUACCUAAAAGAUGCA